AUGCCACCAGAAACAGACAUUGACGCCAUCCACACGUUGUGGCGUGAAGCUGCCCGAUCUGACCGCUUGACGGAUGAGCAACGCGCCUGCCUCCUCGACGCAGAGUGUCUUAACCUCAUCGAUCCACGAAAGCCCGCACCACCCGAGAGCCCAGGUCCCAAAGCCCACUCAGUCGCAAUCUUCGUGACCCACGUGCCCGUCGACAAGUCGUCCGCCGACUCGGCCCUCUCCCCGACCCUCGCCUUAAUCCCCGAGUCACCUCCCUCAUCACCAACUCACUUUGCAACGCGGGUACAACCCACCAAAUCCCACGCCGAGGAGACCAAAGAGAAGCUCCGGCCACGAUCAUUACCCGCCGGGCCUAAGAAGGUGCAGUUUUCUUUACCCGCAGGGAUGCGUCCACCAUCUCCACCCUCUCCAACACGCUCUGAACCGGAGAAGGACGACGCAGUUAGUCGAUUCCGAGAUCGACUGCGUACCGGGCCGUCAUAG